AUGUUGGCUACUCUUGGUGCUUUGGCUAUUGAGUGGCUCACUGGUGUUACAUGGAAGGACGCUGGAAAGUGGCUCACUGGUGUUACAUGGAAGGACGCUGGAAAGAAGACUACGGAGUCAAGAUCCACCAUCACUCUCUUUACAACCAUUCCAUUCAUCUCUGCUUUAACAUACAAUGAAUGGAGAAAUGCAGAGCUCGACCCAGAGAAGAGGUUGUACCUUGGUGGAAAAUUCUUUUACCCUCUAGGCUUAGCCACCAACCCGGAGAAGAAGGCCACCCUUCAGCUUGCUGAGAUCAAGCAUGCCCGCCUAUAUGAAAAAUUAUUAUAUUUGUACCCAUAUUGUAAAAAUUGUAAUCUUGCUGAGAUCAAGCAUGCCCGCCUCGCCAUGGUUGCGUUCCUUGGCUUUUCCGUCCAAGCCGCCAUCACCGGUAAAGGCCCUCUCAACAACUGGGCUACACACUUGAGUGACCCUCUUCACACCACCAUUGUUGACAACUUUUUCUCUUGA